CUUCCAAUCCGUCAUCUACUGUGAUACUGUAUCGCUUUCUUACCCCUGAGGAGGCGCUUUGAUAUGUCGUAUUUUCACCCGAAUCGUGCACUCCUGAACCCAAAGUUUGAGGGUUACAAGCUGUCGCCGCUAGACCAGGAGCAAGUCGUAUCUCACCAUGCCCUUCAGUAUAAGCCUUCGCAGACAAACGUUUCUGGCCGCUCUCAUGUUACAUUCCAAGAAGUGCAGAGCAGGAUAUCACACAACCAUUUAGCAGUGUCCUCACAAAACGGACGCUUGAUUUACUUUGAUGAAGAACAGAGAGUCAUCUCUGUUGGCCUAGACAAGGCGGCUCUCGAACCUUCGUUUGAGACGCUAUAUGAACUACCGAAGCAGGUUCUCUCCCCUGAUGUCGCCUCCCCACAACGCGAGUACCCCUCAGCCGCCUUUCUCGAUACAACAUCACUCUUUGUGUCCGACGGACAUGGGUAUCUGUAUGCUCUGCAGCUGUCCGACGGGGGCCCAGCACUCCUCCAGGGUGUCUACGAGCUGAAGAUUCCGCCCGCUUAUGGCUCUUCGGAGGGUACUGUACCUUUCCGAGUACACCAGGCAGUGAUUGUCGACCCACAGACGGCACUGGUUAUCCUCUCAGCAAAGCACUAUACAGGCGGUACAGUCUCUGCAGAGUCUAACGGCUCAACGGAGAAGCAUUCCAGACAUACCGUGGAGUUCGAUAUCUGGGCAGCACGUUUCCCCCUACCGCUGCCGCCCGCACAGGAGCGACCCUUAGCGUUGGAUGUCCUAUGGCAUAGGCGCGGAGCUGAUGUUCCUGCGUACACAGCAUAUGAUGCUACACGCCAACUCUUUAAGCUCGUCGGCAGUUCGGCGUACCAUUCAAUCAACGCGUCGCCCGCUCCCAGCUACGAACCCUCAGCAGACGAGCUGGCGCCCAUCCCUCGCGCCGGUGAGAAUGUCGACAGUUCCCAGCCACCAAAGCCUCCACCAUAUUCCUGGACCCAGACGUCAGAUUCAGUGACCGUAGCGAUCCCGCUGCCGUCCUCAACCCGCACAGAGGACAUAAAAAUCGCGUUCACACCCCGGGCGCUCACCAUGCUCGUCCGCCCAGACCCCACCACGGAGACCGAAACAGGACCCGGGCGGCCCCCGCGUUUCGACAUGAGGACGCUCUGGGAUGGCAUCCAGCCGAGUACUAGCAUGUGGACAUGGGACCGUGCGGCGGAGCGCAGGUUCGGUAUCCUCACGCUGCACCUCGACAAGGCGCACGAGGGCACGCGUUGGUCGCAGGUUUUUGCUGCGGCCCCCGUCCGCGCGUCCUCGGAGGCGAGUGACGGUGCUGACGACAACGGGGAGAUUCCUGAGACGCUCGACCCGUCCGAACUCUGGGCGAUCCGUGAGGCGUUGGAGAAGUAUACCGCGGCGCUACGCGAUGGUCAGGACACCAGCGGCCUCGGCCUAGGCAAUGGCGUGCCUAGCCUGGCGAAGGACGAGGUCGACGACGAGCUGGACGCAAACGUUGGACGCACAGUGUGUGUCACCUGGGUCGGCGCACAUGGCUCGCAGCUGCCGAACACACAAAUCGGUGACGCCCCCAUCCACUUGCUGUCGACACCCCUCCCCGGGACCAGUCCCAUGCAGCCUCCAUCACUGGUUGUGAAGAACGGUCUGGACGGCGUGUUAUAUUCCUUGGACGAAGCGAAGGGACCAGAAGAUCAACCUACAUGGAAACACACCUCGACGUAUUCCGCACUCUCGUUCGUACUUGCAUCAAAACAAGACGCGCGCUUCACGCACCAUGUGUCCUCUACUGCGGUCCUCGCCUUUGAAAGUGGCUCCAAAGACCUCAACGGCAAUGUGUAUAUCUACCGUGGCGCUUCACCAAAGGAUAAGUGGGCAAAACAGGCUAUCAUCCAGGUUGGUGGCAGAACCGCCGGACCUCUACUCGGUGUCGCUGCGAUCAGGGUUGAAGACGAAAAGAUCGUCAUUGCGUGUUUGUGUGAAGACGAGUUGGUUAUACUGCGUGAUGUAUUGUAGGCUAUACAAGACACCACUGUUCUAUAUCAAGCUCGCAGACAUCGUAGUGUUACGAAGAAAAGCGAACCCAGACGCGAAACUACGGAAGACAUUCAUUAACUGGUACCAGUAGUGACUAGCAGCUGGGGAUGAAUACACUGGUAUGGAUAUGGAC